AGAGUAUAUGAAUAUUUUAUGAUACUAUUUUUUUUUCCAAAUAGUUGGGAAAGAGAGAAAAUGGAGGGGCUGAAAGGAUAAUUUAAUUUCCUAAUUGUAUUUUCUUAGGCUAUGAUUAAAUGAAUUAUAGCUAAGCAGUGAAAAUAAAACAUUUAUUUGAGUAUGGUUUUAUAUUUAGGAGUGAGUCCAGCUACUAGUGACUCAGCUGUGAGAGUUAUUAAAUUCGUAAUGAAGUUUUUGUUGCUUGUUAGAGGGACUUCUCAUACUUUAUGGUUUAUGCUUUGGAAGCAAAUAAGCUGUAGAGGAAAUAAACCAGGUUUGCAUUAAGGUAUUUAAGUUUUUGCUGUAAAUUUGGAAAUAUUUAACAAAUUCUAACUUUUCAUUAUCAAAAGCCUUUUAAAAUUACUUGUGAUUGUAGGUAUCUAUGAAAGUGAUUAUAUUGAUUUAUUCCUUUUUUCUAAGUGAAAAAAAUAAGUAUCUUUUCUUGGUGGUAGCUAAAUGGAUCUAGUUGAUAAAGGGGGAGAUACACUGGUGUAAAAGGACAAAUAAGAGAUAAGACUAUGUAUUUAUUGCCUAUUUAUGUAAUUACAUGUGUCACUAAGGACAAAGGUCCUUAAAGACGAAAGGCAGAGUAGAAACAGCUCUCUAUAUUAAGAUAGAUGAAUUUGCUACCACUUUCCUUUAUGAAUUUUUAAAAAAUGCAUGGUUGCAUAUUCUUCCAGUUUUAUAAUCACGUUUGAAAACUCAGCCAUCUUUCUGGGAACAAAUUGAUAGCCGAAGAUAUGCUUCACUCCAAUAAAAAGAAAAUGAAGAUUUUUCAAGAGCAUUCAUAGGCUUUGAAUCAAAAGGACAACACUUACUUCCUGAGGUCUGAUAACCAUUGUUUUAUGAGGAAGUAGUACUAGGACCACAGCACCAUGGAUGUGGUGGGUGAAAAUGAGGCCCUGCAGCAGUUCUUUGAAGCUCAGGGAGCCAAUGGUACUCUGGAGAACCCAACCCUGGAUACAAGUCUAUUGGAGGAGUUCUUGGGCAAUGACUUUGAUUUGGGGGCCUUGCAACGGCAGCUCCCAGUCACCCCACCCUAUUCUGCGUCUGACUCCUGCUCUCCUCCCCAGGUCAAAGGUGCAUGCUACCGAACCCCGAGGCCCACAGCUGGGAGGACUCCAGCUCCUUUUCUCCACCCCGCAGCUGCCCCUGCGAUGCCGCCCGUGCACCCGUUGCAGGUCACCUCUGGAAUGGGCGACUCCAGCCAAAUCCACGGAGGCUUUCACAGCUGCCACUCAAACGCCAGUCAUCUUGCCACCCCCCUGGACCAAUCCGUGUCCUCCCAUAUGGGGAUAAGUUGUUCUUACCAUCAGCAGCCUCUGUGCCAUAGCCCUGGAGCCUCAUUGCCUCCAACCAAGAAGAGAAAGUGCACGCAGGCACUGGAGGACUCCGGGGACUGCCAAGUGUGGGCCCACCACUGCAGACCAAUGACAAGUAGGAGUCACAGCAGUGAAGUCCAGGACCCUGACAGUGAGGGACAGAACGGGAUGCCUACAGACCAGUGCUCUCGUGCUCUGAAGUGGCAGCCAUACCAUAAUGUUCCUUGGCACAGCUUAUUAAACAGUCAUUAUGAAAAACUACCUGAUGUGGGCUAUCGAGUUGUAACAGACAAAGGAUUUAAUUUUUCACCAGCAGAUGAAGCUUUUGUUUGCCAAAAAAAGAAUCAUUUUCAGAUAACCAUCCACAUCCAAGUUUGGGGAAGCCCAAAAUUUGUUGAAACCCAGAUGGGCCUAAAGCCAAUAGAAAUGUUUUACUUGAAAGCUUUUGGCAUUAAGGUAGAAGCCACCAAUCAAAUAAUUGCUAUUGAACAAUCCCAAGCAGAUAGGAGCAAAAACAUUUUCAAUCCUGUUAAAAUCGACCUAUUGGCCGACCAGGUCACCAAAGUAACACUGGGACGAUUGCACUUCAGCGAAACCACAGCAAAUAAUAUGAGAAAAAAGGGAAAACCAAAUCCAGACCAGAGAUACUUCAUGUUGGUGGUUGGACUGUAUGCUGCUAACCAAGACCAGUUCUAUCUGUUGUCUGCCCACAUCUCUGAAAGGAUCAUUGUAAGGGCCUCUAACCCUGGGCAAUUUGAAAAUGACAAUGAUGCACUGUGGCAGCGAGGACAAGUUCCAGAAUCUGUUGUCUGUCAUGGUCGAGUAGGAAUCAACACAGAUGCGCCGGACGAAGCCCUGGUUGUCUGUGGCAACAUGAAAGUGAUGGGGACCAUCAUGCAUCCCUCUGACAGCCGGGCAAAGCAGAAUAUCCAGGAGGUUGACACAACUGAACAGCUGAAAAGAAUAGCCCAAAUGAGAAUUGUUGAAUAUGACUACAAACCUGAAUUUGCAUCUGCAAUGGGAAUAAACACCGCCCAUCAAACAGGAAUGAUUGCCCAGGAGGUGCAAGAAAUCCUGCCCAGAGCAGUAAGAGAGGUUGGUGAUGUCACCUGUGACAAUGGAGAGACCUUAGAGAACUUCCUCAUGGUUGAUAAGGACCAGAUCUUUAUGGAAAAUGUAGGUGCAGUGAAGCAGCUGUGUAAACUAACAAAUAACCUUGAGGAAAGAAUAGAAGAGUUAGAAAUAUGGAACAAAAAGCUGGCCCGGCUCAAGCGGCUCAGUAGCUGGAAGUCUUCAGCCAGUGAAGCAAGCUCAAUCAGCAAAUGUAGCAGAGCUGUUAGUGCAUCUUCUCCAAGAAGAGCCAUUCACAAGAAAACCAACAAGGUUUAUCUUUCAGGAAAAAGACAGGCAUGUCCGAACUGGGUUUUCCAGACCUUGGUUAUAACUCUGAUUGCUGUGAUGGCAUUUUGUGCUUUGACGAUUGUCGUCCUUUAUAUACUUAGCUUAAAAGAUCAAAACCGACGUGCCCCAAAUCUCCCUCCAAGCAAUAUCAUGAGCUCUCAGGAGCCAGCUCUGCUGCCCACAGCCUCCUCCUCAGCACCUAAUACAUCCCUGGCAACCACACCGGCCUCCUUACGAGUACCUGAAAUUACUUUCUGUGAAAUCCUGCCAUGUCAGGAGACUUAUUGCUGCCCCAUCUGGGGAAUGAAAAGAGUGUUUUCAAGUCCUGUGCAAAGACAAUCUGAAGACAAGGAAUUCCAUCAGGGGCAAUGGUCAGGCUUCAAGAUUGACAGACUUGUUUCCUCUUCAGAAGACAGAAGCAAAUCAUUCCCGGCGAGAAAUGUGCUUAGUGGCCCUGACUGGGGGAGUGACUGGAUUGAUACAACUAUCAGUUCAAUUCAGAUUAUGGAAAUCCAGCAAAUAAUAGAUCAUCAGUAUUGCAGCCGAAGCCUCCAGUGCGGAUCUGGAAAUUACAAUUAUAAUAUUCCUGUUAAUAAGCACACACCCACCAAUGUCAAGUUCUCUCUGGAAAUAAACACAACAGAGCCAUUGAUAGUCUUCCAGUGCAAAUUCACCCUUGGAAAUAUAUGUUUCCAUAGUAAAAGGGAAACCAAAGGGAUUGAAAACCACAGAGAAAUCUCCCAGGAGAUGACACAGGGAUAUCAGCACAUUUGGAGCCUCCCUGUAGCCCCAUUUUCUGAGAGCAUGUUCCAUUUCCGUGUAGCUGCACCGGAUUUAGCUGACUGUUCAACUGAUCCUUAUUUUGCUGGGAUAUUCUUCACAGACUACUUCUUUUACUUCUAUCGACGCUGUACCUAAUUUGUUCACAUUUGGGGACUUUACCAAGGCAAAAUACUCAGGAAUCCAUUUAACAGAAACUGACAUCGUCUUGCAACUUCUUUUUUCUUUUUUUGUAAAACAUUUAUGUUUAUUGCUGAAGGACUUUUUCAGGCUUUAGCUUCCAACAGUUCUGAGACAAUAAUGAGGGGAAUAAAGUGUUUGCUGAAACUUGAAAUAA